AGAAGGGGCAAGAGAAGGAUAGACAGCCUUUUGAGUCCCCUCGGUGACCAGUUUAGUUCUGCUUGGCAUUCGAACCGCACCAGAGAUCAUGUGACAGAAGACAAGCUAGGAUCCUCGAAUCGAAGUUUCGAUCCUUGAUCCGUUUUGGAGCGCGUUAGAUCAUCGAUAUACCGCGUCGAUCGAUCGCGAUCCACGAUUCGCUGCCACGGGAUAAGUAUAAGGUGAAUCUGUGAAUCAGUUUGUGAAAACUUCACGCGUUUCCUCGCGCACGUGCUGAUAUUCCAUCGUGUUGAUUAUUUUUUCCUUCCCUCCUCCUAUCUUUCCUCGAAGCGUUGCGAAUUCUUCGAACGUCAUCGAACCGCUAUGCGAUCGAGAGGCGCGUAAAAUCGCGUAAUAAUAUAAAUACGCGAGGUAAAUCGCGUUUCUUUUCCGCGUUUCGUCGAUGUACGAUCAAGGAUGACCGGUUGAUGGAAAGAGGCAGGAUCGAGAUCGUGACGGCGCAUGCAACACGUGCACUCCGUUUAAAUCAACAAACAGCGGCCAGUCGCGUAAAAACACGACUCGCAUACAUUAACGACGAGGAAAGCGUAUAGCCUUUUCGUAUUUUCCCACCUCCUCCUCCAUCUCUCUUUUUCUACGCGCUCUAUCUUCCUCUCCGCGCACGCUCUCCGUAAAUGACACUUGUGAAAUCAACGCACACAUUUUCACCGCUCCGAGCGAGGAACUGUAGAAAAGAGGGUCGUUGACAGCGGGAGACCGCGUGAUAAAUGUACCGGUACGCGUACGCUUGCCUCCGUUCCCUGCAAAUUUUUAUGAAAACGCCAAUUCGCCCUCGUGUUUACCACGACUCUUGCUCGCCCGAUUCGCACAUCUGUCGCGCGUGAAAAUUCAAUUCUCGCGCGGCUCCGUGGACUUUCUCUGUGGAUUCUGUUCGCGCUCGAGUCGAGAAAACUCGAGUCAGAGAAGUGGAAGAAUCAAAAAAAGUGCGGAAUAUGAGAUCGAUCGAUCUGAACGUAGUCUAAGAAUAGUCGCGACGAGCGGAUUCGUUGAACCGGGCUUCUUUCCCUUUCUUUCCACGUGUCCACCGUGCGCACAGGGAAAAUAAAUCGGCAACUUUCACCGAUAUAUACAGUAUCAACGACGACAGUAGCUCGUAAACCAUGUCGGGAGAUACGACGUCGGACGAGGAGGGAUCGCAGGAGGACUCCCCUCGAUACGACAUCGACGAUCUGGAGAUCAUCAAGACGAUAGGUACAGGAACUUUCGGAAGAGUGGUGUUAUGCAGGCAUCAAGGUACACCUCUGGCCUUGAAGAUUCUCUCGAUGGUGGACGUGAUCAGAUUGAAACAAGUGGAACACGUACGGAACGAGAUCACCGUAUUGAAAGAGGUCAAUCAUCCCUUUAUCGUGAACAUGCUUUGGAGCGGAAGGGACGAGGCAAGAGUAUACAUGCUGCUAGAAUUCGUUGCCGGUGGGGAGCUUUUCUCCUAUUUAAGGGCAGCUGGCCGAUUUUCCGGGCCCACCAGCUGCUUCUACGCGGCCGAAAUCGUUUGUGCCCUAGAAUACCUGCACGCCAAACACAUAGUUUACAGGGAUUUGAAGCCCGAGAACCUUCUGUUGGACAGCCAGGGACACCUGAAGAUUACCGAUUUCGGAUUUUCGAAGAAACUGACGGACAGAACGUGGACUCUGUGCGGCACACCGGAAUAUUUGGCGCCAGAAAUAAUUCAGAGCAAAGGACACAAUAAGGCAGUUGAUUGGUGGGCGCUCGGUGUUUUGAUCUACGAAAUGUUGGCCGGUUUUCCGCCAUUUUUCGACGACAAUCCCUUCGGCAUCUACGAGAAAAUAUUGAGCGGCAGGAUAGAAUGGCCAAAACAUAUGGAUCCGAUCGCUAAGGAUUUGAUCAAAAAGCUUUUAAUUGCAGAUCGAACGAAAAGGCUAGGAAAUAUGAGACAAGGUGCCGACGACGUGAAAAGGCAUCGUUGGUUCAAAUUAGUCGAAUGGCCGUUGGUGCCUCAAAGAGCUCUUACACCCCCAAUAAGACCACGAGUGAAGGCACCGGGCGAUCCAAGCUGUUUCGACGAUUACCCGGAAACUGAUUGGCGUUCUCAGCCUCCAUUGCCGCCGGAACAACUGGCUCUGUUUCAAGAUUUCUAAAAGAAACGUCAUGGACAAUCGUUCGAACCAUGCCAGACAUUCAUUGACGCAAAUUCGUUUGCAACCUUUCGUGUCGAGAUUAGAACCAUUGAGUUAACGGUAUUGUGAUGUGUAUAAAGUUUCUCAAACGUUCAAACAGGAGUUCCUUCUUAUUUUGUACAUAGCGGCCCCUUUUUGUAUUAUUCUCGUUGUGCGUAGUUUAUUUAUUCAUUUUAUUGAGUAGAGUAGAUUUUUUUUUUUCGUUGUUUUAAAGGAAUUUGUCGUUGUAAAUAAAAUUUGAAAGAAAGUAAAGAGAAGUGCAAGGAAAAAUAAUCUCGAACCACGAGAUUAUGUGAAUUGUGAAUUCGAGAGGUUUAUCGUUAUAUCGAUGCAUGUUCCUUCU